AUGGUUUUAGAAGACGAAGAUCUAUCGGAUCUUGCUAAAGUAUGGCGCGAUAAUGGUGAGCGUGACUUCACGUCAUUUUGGGCUUCAGCAGGGAUUCCCAAUGACUUGCUUGAAAACUUUGCUCCUCAAGCAGUAAGAAAAGUAGUUGAUCCCGAUAGUGAUAUGCUCACAGGUUUGGUGAAGGAGUUUGAUGUGAAGGAUCCUGUGUCUUGGAGAAUCAAUCAGGUAACAGCAAUAGUGCCUUCAUUCUACCUUCUGAUGUUGUUUUUAUAUAGGUUUCAACGAUAGUG